AUGACGGACCCCAAAGUUACAAAGGCCUUUGAAGAUGGCAGGGUUCCCAAGGGCAUCACAGCCGAUUAUCUCAACGAGACGAGAGAUGCAUCGGCCAUAGCGGGUAUUAUCUUUGUUACAGUUUUGACCAGUAUCAUUGUUCUGGGUCGCCUUGCUUCACGAGCGUUUUUGAUGCACCGCUUUGGCUUUGACGAUGCCUUGACGUUGACAUCGUGGAUGUGCUUCGUUGCAUUCGUCGGACUGUGCAUCGAACUCAUCCGGCUGGGCUCCGGACGACACUUUGCCUACAUCCAAUAUGUUCUCGACAUGCCGACUGUCGAAGACACCGAAGUCCUCGAUUUUAUAGCUCACAUCAUAUACACCACCGCACUUUUACUCUGUCGCAUGUCCGGUCUUGCAUUCUACCAUCGUUUAUGCGCCGUCCAUGAUCGUCUUCGACUAGCUAUCUGGGUUGUAUUCGGCAUUCUAAUAGCUGGAUAUAUCCCUCAGCUGUUGCUUAUCAUCUUCCAUUGCACUCCUGUCACUGGUCUAUGGCCUUAUGAGUGGCAGCCCGGCUUUGAGGAUUAUACGUGUUUACAAUGGGGAUUAGUAUACAGCGUCAACUCAUCAGUGUCGCUUAUAUGCGACUUUUUGUUGUUCGGUAUCCCGAUUGUGAUGCUUCGGGUGUUGGAGAUGCCGAAGAAAAGAAAAAUACAGCUGGGGUGCAUUUUGCUACCUGGUAUCUCUGUCAUUGCCAUCUCUAUCGCACGCCUGGUGCUAGUUAUUGAAGGACAAUGGAACAUGGACAUGUCAUGGGCCUAUAAUCCCAUGCUGGUGAUUGAAGUCAGUGAAAUUGGUGCAACGCUCAUUGCCCUCUCGGUGCCGGGCUUCAAGCCACUGUUUGACAAGUUUGUCUUACGGCGAGACAUUACCGAGGGCGACAGCACGGGUAAAUCGAAAUCCGCCAAGCUGCAGAGUUCCAAGGGAGACACAGCGCUGCGAUCACUCAAUUUCCGACCCCAGCACGACGUUCUUACGAGUCGCGAUACUUCAGCUGAGGGAACCAAUGUACAUCGAAUGAGUAAUACAGCAGCAGAUACCAGGAGCGAGAGUAGUGCAGAUGGAAUUUUGGUACAGGUGGACUUCAGAUUAAAGGAGGAUACACAAGAUGCGAAUAGUUCGAGUGAUGCAGAAAGAGCAUGGAAAUGA